AUGACACACCCCGGCUUCAAGACACUCGACAUGGCCAUCAUUGGCGGCGGCAUCGGCGGCCUGGCCGCGGCCGUCUCGCUCCGCCGCCAGGGCCACCGCGUCACCAUCUACGAGCGGGCCGACUUCGUGGGCGAGGUCGGCGCGUCCAUCUCCUGCGCGGCCAACGGCACCCGGUGGCUCGAGGAGUGGGGCGUCCACAUUGAGAUGGGCGACCCGGUCGUGCUCAAGAACCUCAUCAGCCGGGACUGGAAGACGGGCGAGGCCAUCAACGUCUACGCGCUCGACGACUACAAGGAGCGCUGGGGCUACGUGUACAACAUGUUCCACCGGCAGUACAUGCACCGCAUGCUCAUGGCCAGCGCGGUCGGGGAGCACGGCGAAGGGCCGCCCGCGAGGCUCGUGCUCAACCACAAGUGCGAGUCGGCCGACCUCGAGACGGGCGAGGUCCGGUUCGAGAACGGCGUGACGGCCCGGCACGACGCCAUCAUCGGCGCCGACGGCAUCGGGUCCGCCAUGCGCACCAUCAUGGGCAUCACCGCGGACCGCCGCCCGGCCGCGUGCACCUGCCUGCACGCCAACGUGGACCGCGAGAAAGUGCGCGCCGCGGGGCUGGUCGACUACUCGGAGAACUCGGCCCUCGAGUACUGGGGCGGCUACGACACGCACUUCAAGGUCAUCCUGUCCCCCUGCAACGGCGGCAAGCUGCUCUCGUACUACUGCUGGUUCCCGCGCGAGGCGUCGGACCUGCAGACGACCAACUGGCUGCAGAAGGCGACGGUCGAGGAGCUCCUGGCGCCGUACCCGGACCUGGACCGCAACGUCUUCAAGCACCUCGAGCUCGGCUACGAGGUGCGGCCCUGGCGCAUCUGGAUGCACAAGCCCUACCCGUACUGGACCAAGGGGGUGGCCACGCUCAUGGGCGAUGCCGCGCACCCCAUGAUGCCCGACCAGAGCCAGGGCGCGUGCCAGUCGCUCGAGGACGCGGCGGGUCUCGGGCUCGCGUUCAGCCGCAGGCACUUCAACGGCGACGUGCGCGAGGCACUCCAGGUGUACGAGGAGGUCCGCAAGCCGCGCGCGACCAAGGUCCAGGCCGCGUCGGAGCGGGCGCGCGAGAACCUCAACGAGCGCAUCGGGUUCUCGAGCAACACGGACAGCAAGGUGUACAAGGUGUCCAAGGAGACGGACAAGCUGACGAUUGAGGAGAUGAAUCUAUACGACAUGCACGAGCACGUUGCAGAGGUUUACGAUCGUCGGAGGGGGGCGCCGCAAACGACCCGGGCAUUUAGCAACGGGCUGCCGACGGGUGGGGCUGCGAUUGCUGCUCAUUGAAGGGAUUUGAAUCUAUGUAGCUGAAUGGAUGACGUUGCUGAAACGUAGACAUGGCUGCCGUUUAUUGUACGUGUGACUUGAGCCAUGUUGCACCAGCAGUGUUGCCUUGGACAUAGCCGUAGGAUCUGCCUACGCGUAUUCUAGGAAGUAGCGACCUGGAGCGACGCCGUUUCACAUGAUAACCAACGGAGGAG